CAUCUGUUAUGAGAAAGUUGCAAUGCCUGAAAGCAGAAGCAAAGCAGCCAGCAGGCAGGCAGGCUAAAAUGUUAGUUUAGAGUAGCAUUGCUUGUAUUGUGUUGGGAGUGUUUGGUUGUUUGAAUAAGAUAAGGUUGCUGAAUUUUCCAGUAAUAUUCACGAAGUAAUGUACUAAACCAUGUAUUACAAUUUCUAAUAAUUUUGUUACCAAUGAAAGUCGUACCAGACGGUGAUCUCAAGUCGGCUACAGGAAUAGCGACAACCUUUUGGGAACACAACAAUUUGACAGACAAGUUAUCAAUCCAGCUGGAUCGCUCAGGUGGAGGAGGGCAGAGGGGGGAGGGUAAUGUUAAUUGGGCUGCACAUCUGCUGGAGAAACUGGGCGGCAGUCCAGCCAUGCCUCCUACCACUGGACAAGCCAGUGGUGGUAGUGGCUCAAACGUGAAUCUGGUCAUCCCAAUCAACGAGGAAUGUGGUAUCAGAGAUGUUUGGAAUCAUAACCUCCAUGAAGAAUUUCGUUCCAUAAGAAACGUUGUUCUAAAGUACACCUAUGUUGCCAUGGUAAGGUAGUAUGUUUUUAAAAUC